AUCUUGCUCCUGCCCCUGACAGGCUCGGGUCGGGGUCACAGGGACACGGAGCCCGCUGUCCCGCUCUUCGCAGACAAUGCUGUCCCGGGUGGUGCUUUCUGCUGCCGCCACAGCGGCCCCGUGUCUGAAGAACGCGGCCGCCCUAGGUCCAGGAGGCAGAGAAAAAGGUAUUAGAUCUGCAGCUGGAGUUAGAGGUUGCUGUGGGCAGCCCAGCAUAGGUUCUGGGAACCAAAUCUGGUCCUGUGAAGAGCAGUAAGCACUCUUGACCGUCUUUCAGCUUUAAGCUCUUUGGUUGUCAUUCACCUUGUGGCUUGAGAGAUGGUAUUACAGGCAACAAGGGCCUUUCACACAGGACAGCCUCGCCUUGCCCCUCUACCACCUCUUCCUGAAUAUGGAGGAAAAGUGCGUCUUGGGCUGAUUCCUGAGGAAUUUUUCCAGUUCCUUUACCCUAAGACUGGUGUAACAGGACCUUAUGUGCUUGGAACUGGACUUAGCUUGUAUUUUCUAUCCAAAGAAAUAUAUGUGAUUACCCCAGAGACCUUCUCUACCAUAUCAGUAGUAGGGUUGAUAGUCUAUGUGAUUAAGAAAUAUGGCGCCUCUUUUGGAGAAUUUAUUGACAAACUUAAUGAGGAAAAAAUUGCUCAACUAGAAGAAGUAAAGCAGUCGAGCAUGAAACAAAUCCAGGAUGCAAUCGACAUGGAGAAGGCACAGCAGGCACUGGUUCAGAAGCGCCAUUACCUCUUCGAUGUGCAGAGGAAUAACAUUGCCCUGGCCUUGGAGGUCACUUACCGGGAACGGCUACAUAAAGCAUAUAAGGAGGUAAAGAAUCGCCUGGACUACCACAUCUCUGUACAGAACAUGAUGCGUCGCAAGGAGGAAGAACACAUGAUAGACUGGGUAGAAAAGCAUGUGGUGAAGAGCAUUUCUGUACAGCAGGAAAAGGAGACCAUUGCCAAGUGCAUUGAAGAUCUAAAGCUGCUUGCAAAGAAGGCUCAAGCUCAGCCAAUUAUGUGAAUAUGUCUUUCUCAGUUGUGAUAGCCAGAGAGAGUUAAAUGGGAACUAGUAUAUGUGAAGAACUCUUUCUGUAUUGCUAUCUAUUGAAAUAAAAUGAUCAAGGUCCACUUAGUGGCUUAACCCUAUUGGCCAGUAAGGUAUUUCUGAUCCUUGCUCUGUAUGCGGAGUUAUCUGAUCAUAAUUUGAAUAAGCAACUUGCAGCAACUUGCUGCCCAACUGAAAUUACCAAGUUAUAAUUUAAACUUGUAAUUAACUAAAGCAUCUUGCAAUAAAAUGUUUGAAACAGAA